CAUUAAAGCUAAACAGAUUGGUUACAAGUUACCAGUUACCACAUCUCUCUCUCUCUCUCUCUCACAUGUAAAUAAAUUGACACUCCAGAGCAGAGCACUUCGUCUCUCUCUCUCUCUCUCUCUCUCUCUCUCUCACCCACCCACACAGACAGUCACUCCCUCUUCCCAGGCUUCACAGUUCCCCUUGACUUGGGAAAUCUUCUUCCCUUGCCCUCCCUUUCCCCACGUACUCUGUUUCUUACUUUCUCCAACAAAACAGAGCAAUGUCUAACCUCCGAAAGAAGCUUCAUUUAAGCUCUGUUUCCGUCAAACUUGGCUGCGGCAGCUGCAGGAGACCAAAGCUUUCUCACAUAUUCCACCCCAAGCCCAAACCCAAGAACCCCUCUUACCAUAAACACAAACUUUACAAUCUUUCUUCUUCUAGCCAAUACGACUCCGCAACCACCACAGCCACCGCCACAACUUUCUCUCCCUACGUCGACUCCUCGCACUUUUCUGACUCUGACAACUAUGGGAAUGCGUCGAGGACCAUCGGAGCUUUCGGCAGAGUAGGCGGCGAAGGCGUGGCGGUGGAGAAAGACUCCGACGACCCUUAUCUGGAUUUUAGGCACUCCAUGCUUCAAAUGAUAUUGGAGAAUGAGAUAUACUCCAAGGACGAUCUCCGAGAGCUUCUCAAUUGUUUUCUUCAGCUCAAUUCUCCCUACCACCAUGGAGCUAUAGUCAGAGCUUUCACUGAGAUCUGGAACGGGGUCUUCUCUGUGAGGACCAGUUCACCCAGAUUUCACUUCAGUCGCAAGUCACGUGACUUCUGAGUCCUCCACGUGGUUGACAAGCCGGAUAAGCAUGAGAAGGCUUCGUUGCUUUGUGCCGGGACAAACUUAGCUCUGCUAUAUGCUAACGUUGUUUUGUACACAUGUCGUGAACUAAUGAUCACCCAAAUGUAAAAAGUGUCUCCGUUAGUUUUCACCUUUUUUGAGGAGUUUAGUAGAAAGAAUGGUUAGUUGUUCAUCAUGAAAAGUAUUGCCACGAUAAGUUCCAUUCCAUUGGCCUUGCACCGUGCUGUGUGCUGUGUAGUCCUCAGAAUGCACUUCAGAGGACCCCGAAUCCACGAGUCUGGCAACUUUUGGUCAAAAAUGCUCGCCAAGUUUUGCGUGUAGAGCCCAUGGUGGGAAAAGAUAGACAUUGGGAUUUGAAUUAUAAUAAUAAGAGCGGUCUGAGUGAGGAGGGACAGUUGGUUUAAUGCUUUUUAAUGAGCUUGUUAUAAUGAAAUAUUGAGAGUGACUUGGUGCAUUUUCCUAUAUUGUGUUUUAUAGCGUACUUACCUGCCAGCUGGUAUCUACUCUGGUUAUUGAAGCAUCUGGAGUUAUUCCCUCUAUUAUUUUCUUUUCUCAGCACUCAUUGCUGUAUUGCGGGCAUUCAAUUUCUGCUGUGAAUU